GGAUUUUUUAUUUUUUAUUUCUUUGCUAGAAUCAGAAAAGGUGAAUUAGGUAGGGGAUCUGUCCUUUUUUUUAUUAUUCUCAAAGUCUAAGCCAUCUUGUUGCCUUGCAACUGAGAAUCAUUUUUGUUUUCUACCCAAAGCUCAGGCGGGUUCAUUUGAUUCAUGGAGCGUCUUAAGUUAGUCCUCCAGUACUUCCAGUCCAACUCUGAGUCCAUCUCUAACGGGAUCUGCAUCGUCCUGGCUCUGGUCAGCGUCAAGCUCUACACCAGCUUUGACUUUAACUGCCCGUGCCUUCCUCAGUACAACAAGCUCUACUCUCUGGGAGUGAUGACGGUCCCGCCCAUCAUCUUUUUCUUCCUGGGGGUCCUCGUCAAUCGACAUACGGGCGUCAUGAUGGACGAGUGGAUGAGGCCGGUUGGGAAUCGUUCCAAAAAUCCUGCGGUGGUGAAAUACCUGUUCUCUGCCAUGAUCCAGAGGGCGCUGCUCGCUCCCAUGGUCUGGAUCCUGGUCACUUUGUUGGACGGCAAGAUCUUCAUCUGUGCUUUCAGCUUGAGUGUCGAUCCAGGCCUUUUCUCAGGCGUGCCCAACAACACAGGUCUGGAUGUGGUUAAGAUCAUGGCCAAGGUGCCCUGCAAAGAGGACGUCAUUUUCCAGAACAGCUCGUUCCGUAAAGCGGUCUCCCGAUAUGUCCGCUGUUAUUCUCAAGCAGUUGGCUGGUCCAUCCUGCUGCUGCUGAUCAUACUGGGAGCGAUGGGACGCCUUAUCAAACCCUGUUUUGAAGACCACGCCGCCUUCUUACAGACACGGUACUGGAGCAACUACCUGGACGUGGAGCAGAAGCUUUUUGACGAAACCUGUGUCCUGCAUGCGCGCGACUUCGCCCGGAAAUGUGUGGUGCAGUUCUUUGAGGACAUGACGGACGACUCGGUACUUCGUCUUCCACAUCCGUCCUUUAUCUCGAACGUCAAUGAGGGGUGGCAGGAAGAAGAGGAGAGACUUCAUGGGGUGACAAAGCAGGAGCAGGUGGACCAGCUGCUCAACAAGUGGUACUACGGCAAACCUGAACUGGAUGUAACCAGGAUUGCACACAGACCCAGGCCGUGUGUGACCUGGCAGGACCCAGGAGGGAAGACUUUAUACUCAGAUAUUUAAGAUGUUUUGGUGGCUGCUGUUUAUUGCUUUGUUGCAUUUUGUGCAUUGAAGUAGGACCUUACAAUUAGGGUCGGGUAAUUUUAUCGAUUCUACGAUAUUUAUUGAUAUUUUUUCCCCUUUUAAAGUAUCGAUUUUACACAGUAUCAAUAUAUUAAAUCCU